AUGGAGCCCCUGUCGCCCUCGCCCUCGCCGGCGGCCGCGGGCGGCAAGCGGAAGAGAGACGACGAUUCCAAGCAGAGCAAGAGGGCUAGGCGGAGAAAGAACAAGACGCCCAAGAACAUCGACGAGGGUGACUUGGACGAAGAGAAGGGCAUGAACGUUGCCAUAGGCCGCAUGGACAGCCGCUUGCUGGCUGACUACAUGGCCCAACGCACGAAGCGUUAUGAACCUGACUUGAGCCUUGUCGAGCUGGAGGAGAGAUAUAUCCCAGAGAGAGCAAUCCGUGAUACGAGCAUUUGGGAGCAAGAGAGGAGUCUACCGAAUCUCCCUACGUACCUGGAGACGUUUGCUCAAGAAGAUGUGAAGAAGGUGCCCAAGAAAGCUGGCCAUCCCCACACGAUCGUUGUUGCGGGUGCUGGCAUCAGGGCCGCUGACCUUACGAGAUCCUUGAGGAAAUUUGAGACGAAAGACGUCAAGGUGGCGAAGCUGUUUGCAAAGCACAUCAAGCUGAAGGAGGCCAUGGAGUCAUGUAAGAGGAUGAAGAUGAACAUCGGCGUCGGAACUCCUCAAAGAAUCAUUGAUUUGCUGGAUGGAGGUGCCCUAUCUACCGAUAACCUGAAGCGUAUCGUGGUUGACGCAUCUUAUAUCGACGACAAGAAGCGGGGUGUGAUGGACAUGAAGGACACGCAACCUCCUCUUGCAAAGCUUCUGACCCGGGAAGAUCUCAAGGCCCGUUAUGGGAAAGACAAGAAGAUCGAGCUGCUCUUCUACUAG